UUUUUGUUAUUGUUGUUGUUGUUGAUGUCGUCUUUGUGCGUCUGCUUCUUGUUGUUGUUCUAUGUCGUCAAUUCGCUUCCAGAUUGCGCAGGCUUCGUCCCAAGGUGGUGGUGGAUCUCGGUUGAUGAGCGAUAGCAGCGCUGCUCGUAGUCGUCGUAAUUUGACGAUUCUCCCUCCUCGUUGUCUCUUCGCCGGUGUUGCUGGGAUCGGGUUCUCUCUUAUGACCCGUGGUUUCGGGCCGUCUGCUGGUUCUCUCUUUAGUGCUUGCCGGAUGGCCUCCAGGUGGGCACUCUUUUCUCCUUUUAGAUUUAUAUACCGCUGUUGGGCCCACUGGAUAGUGUUUUCCAACUUAUCCUCUUUUGUAUGCGGUUCUUUUUUAGCCGGUAUACUGGCUAUAUUUUUAUUAUUGUUUAUGCUGAGCAUGCCUUAUUGUGGAUUGGCUUGGGCUCUUAAUAUUUUGCCGAUAUUAGGCAGGAUCGCCAUGUAAUAGGCGUAAAGUUUGAAUGACUUUAUUCGAGCUCAAGGCCCGUCUUUUAUACGUUUCGGAUUACAUUGGUUCUUAUGCGUAAGCUUAAUCCUAACGGUUCUUAUCGUAAUCUUACAUUAGUUGAUAUGAAACAUAUGGUAAUUAAAGGAGCUUUUUAGUUACAUUGAUCGGUCAAAGGAGAGCUUUGAAGCUUUUGAGCGUGGUUUAUGUCUGUUAUACAAAGGUUGUUAUAUUUGAUGUUUAUAUAUGAAUGUUAUACAAAUGUUUUAUAUAUGAAUGUUAUACGAAUGUUACAACUUCCCUGAAGCCGCGGUACAAGAAGGACCAGUGGACGAGGUCCCAGGCGACAGAGCUGCCAGCCCUGGAGAGGACGAUCUCCCCAUCCCGGGGUUGUACGACGGUGGCGAGGAGGAGCUGGCACUACUGCUGUGCGACGCCGAGCUCGGGUUAGAGCGACCGGUAGCCAUUCCCCUUGCCGAGCCGAACUGGGAGUUGCUAGCCUCAGGCCGGAACAAUUUUGACCCCGUCUUGUGCGGUUGGGAGGCCCCCAAGGUGGACGUUGCCGUCACAGCGGAAUCGCCUGGCAUAAGCCCGCGCCUUGGCUUGUCGCCAGCACUGGAGGAGCCGGAGUGGCCCUGGCCAGAGGCCAUCGAAGGAUGGAAAGCCACCGAGGAGGAGGUCCGUCGCACCGCGGAUGAGGCACCCAACAGACCGCUGGCGUCGCGUCCGAUCGUCGAGGGAGAGGACAUGAGGUCGCUCCCUCCGAUCACGGAACCCGAGGCACGGAACCUCCAGCGAGGCUUCCCACCAACGCCCCCCGCAGAAGAAAACAGGCCAUCCGCCGAAGCAGCGCCCAACGCGUUGGCCAGGCCAACCGAAACACUCGACGUGGUAGCCAGCCAGCAACCAGACCAACCCCGGCACCGCAGCAGACCAAGCCACAGGCGCCCUGACUCCACCAGCAUCAGUGGAGGUCGCAGAGGCACCGCUGGACGAGGCGGUAGACACUGCUGCAGGAUGGCGAGACGCCCCGCCUGACUGGAGGCUUGAGAAUCCUCGCCGCCUUCUGCCCAUGGGCGUAAUUGAGCGGAUCGAGCAGGCCGCCGCUCCACCGAGGCGUUUCACACGAAAUUUUGUGGUGACGCAGGAGGGUUAGCGCUUCCAGGCGCAUAUAACAAUAGCCCUGCCACCCUGACGAAAAUAUGACCUACAUUGCAAACGACCACCCUUGCGAAUCGAUCUGGGGACGCUAAGACAACGAUCGGCACGCGACAUCAACCGAAGGGUCGGCGCAAGCAGAGCAGCGAAGCUCGCCCGAGGCUGGCAAAGAGGUCAGCGAAAACGAAUCGGGGAGUUAUCUUCGAACUUCCGAGGCGAUCAGGUCGCAAACCCAAAAUACCAACAACGCGAGUGAACCUGAGUGACAAGUGGAAAAUUCCCAGAGCAACGGCGCCGGCCGCAACGUAGUGCACGAUUAACAUUAAAGAGCAACAAUUCUAACAUUGAAACAGAAAAAACCAUAGAAACACAACACUCCCAAUAACCCGGCAAUUGUUUAAGAAAUAAAUACACAAAUAAAUACACACAUAAAUACACCAAACCCACCCUACAUACCCGUUUGUUUUAUGGGACGUGCCGUACGAUACACGACU